AUGGAGGGUGGAGGCGUCCACCGAGAGGGAGGAUGGAUCAAAGCUGAGCGCCGCCUGUUCCGGAACUGGGUCCCCCACUGGGAAGUGUUUCCGGCAAGGGGCAAGGUUGUCGAAGGAGUAACUUCUUUCUACAUUUCUGAGUUUCCUGAAAGCUGCAAGGCGGAGGACCUUUUUGUGUUGUUCGGUUGCAUUGGCAACACAGUGGAGGUAGCAAUAGCGCCAAGGAGGAAUAAGCAUGGGAAGCGUUUCGGUUUCGCUAGGUUUUCUGAUGUAGAGGAUGCUAGGGUGUUGGGGGUGAAGUUGGAUAAUGUGGCAUUCGAGGGGAAGAAGAUACACGCAAACAUCCCUAGAUUUGAGAGGCAGAGUAUUGGGGGAGGGAAGUCUGUUCAACAGAGGAAGUUUAACAACUCUGUUCCUCGCCGUGUUACUGAAAAGGGCCCGAUGAACAGGUACUGGGGAGAGGCAACAGUUAAAGGUAGAUCUUUUGCGGAGGUGGUGAACUCUCCGGCCAGAAAGGAAGAGUUGGAGGGUCUUCGGGAACCAGUAUGUUGUGCGUCUUCAGUGGAGGAUAAAGGGAGAUCUGCUAAGGCUUGGAUAGGGGAGCUCAGGGUUCCUGGUUCUGGUCACGGCAUUCAAAAGAGUAUCACAAAGGCGGGUUUCUUUGGCAUCGUGGUGUCGCCUCUAGGUGCUAAACUGUGUUUAGUGGAAGAAGGUAUAGAAGGGGCUUUGGCUGAGUUUUUGGGGGAGGAGGAAGGGUGGUGGAAGGACUGGUUCAUUGCGAUGAAGAGGUGGAGCGAAGAGGUGGUGGAUGUGUCGAGAACGGUUUGGCUUCGUGUGUUUGGGAUCCCUUGUCUAGGGUGGAACUCGGUUGUUUUCUCGUCUGUGGUUAACAGCUUUGGCAAGUUCAUCAGCGCGGAUGAAGCAACGGUGAAUGGGAUUCAAUUUGAGGUGGCUAGAAUCCAGGUUUGCACCGAUUUUAAAAUCUCUAUACCUAAGUCUGUGGAUCUGAUGCUUGAUGGAAAGCUGUUUAAACUGGUUCUUUGA